AUGACCAAAGGUCGCGUCAUUCUUAAGGCCUCUGUUGGAGAGAUAGAGAUCGAAUUCUGGUCAAAAGAGACUCCUAAGGCGUGCGGGGAGCAACCGGUAAUAUAUCCACCGAAGAUAAAAUCCAUUCGGAUUGUUGAUAAUCCAUUUGAUGACAUUGUGCCCCGCAUAGAGGCAGCGGAGAAACGAGUGCAGCAGCUGGCCAGAGAGGAGGCGCCAAAGAAGCGGGAGGAGGCUGCAAGGCGGAAGAGCGCAAAAGGUCGAUCUACUCUGUACUCUGAAUGA